UAUAAAGAAGGGAUAUUAUGCAAUGGGAGUGUUUUUGAAAGAUUGUGAGACGUUUACUGAGGACUGGCUGAGUAAAGGAUGUGCACGUCUGAAACACACACAGCGCAGGAAUGUAACGCCACAAAAUGAAUCGAAACAGGAUUUUGUGAAUACAAAUACUGAACUCAGGGUAGUGUUAUUGUUUCUGAAGAAUGCAGAUUUAACCACGAGACUGCACGGCAAGGUUCACAGGUUCAAGAACAAGGAACAACCAACAUAAUGAAAAAGAGCGCAAUAAUAUCAAAAGUGUUCUGUCUAUCUUUGCUUCUGACAUUCCUGUUUCUGCCAAGCAGCUUUGGUAACGUAUGUACUGGAUCCCAACUACACAUCAAUCCAUCUUUGGUCACGCAGCUGGAUUUACGUCAGUGCAAUAUUCGCAACCUUCAAGAAAGUGAUUUCAAAUUAUACACCAAUUUACAGAGAGUGGACCUGUCUCAUAACCUUCUAGAAGAGAUAGACUUUUCAGUGUUCAAGUUUAAUACCAUUCUAGAACAUCUAGACAUUUCACACAACAGACUACACAUUAUAAACUGUAGCUCAUUACAAUUUAUUAAAGACAUAAAACAACUAAAUAUGCCCUACAAUAAUUUUGAAACAAUGGAUCUUUGCAAGGAAUUUGGAUACUUGACAAAGUUGGAACACCUUGGAUUGAGCAGUAAAAGGAUUGAAAGAAAUGAUUUUGCAAAUAUUGCACUCCAUGAAUUGAAAAGUGUGUUUCUGGCACUUGAAGAAUUGCAAGAAUAUGAACCUGGUAGUCUAAGGCUACUGAAUACUGAGAAGAUACAUAUUAUUUUACCCAAAAUUAUCCACAUCUCCAUUUUCUUGCUGUAUGAUGCCUUUAAAUCAACAAUAACUCUGGAAAUCUCUCAAAUUCAAUGUAUACCGUGCCCUGUGGGGCAGAUGGCUUUUAUUACCAAAAACUCAAACAUAUCAACUCUAAUUCUUAGCAAUUUUACAAUGCCAUGGAGUGCCAUGAGUAGGUUUCUGGAAGGUUUCUGGAAGUCCUCAGUUAAACGUCUCUUCAUUUAUGGGUACACAGUCAUAGGAGAUUUUGAGUAUGAACCCAUUGAUGUCUCGAAAGGUUCAAUAGAAUCUUUACAUAUUGAAAAUGUUAUGUCUCUAGUGUUUGAAUUUUAUGAACAUCCGUUGCCCAUUUUUUCAGAAAUGUUUGUCGGCAAUUUGACUCUAUCCAAUGCAGAUCUUACAUACUUCGUUUGUCCAAAAUUACCAAGCAUUUUCCAGUUUCUAAACUUUGCAAAUAACGGAAUUACCGAUGGUAUUUUUCAACAAUGUAGAUCUCUUCUAGUUUUGCAGUAUCUAAACUUACACAAUAACCGACUAGAGAGGCUUCUGAGCUUAAGCUCAAUGACUUCAACUAUGGAUUCUCUGCUCCAUCUAGAUGUGAGCUUUAAUUCUCUUUAUUAUGAUCACAAUGUACGCUGUGAAUGGUCAGAAAGUCUGGUCUUCCUAAAUCUGUCCAGAAACAAGCUAACAGAUUCAGUUUUCAAAUGUCUGCCAAAUAAUGUUGAAAUACUGGAUCUUUCCCGAAACCAGAUAAAAAGUAUUUCUAAAGACAUUAAAUUGUUAAGAGCAUUAAAAGAAAUAUAUCUUGCAUUAAACCAGCUAAGCAAUAUACCAGAUUGUAGACACAUAAGCAAGAAUUUGAGGGUCCUAAACAUAGAUAACAAUGUCAUAUUCUCUCCAUCGGGUGAUUUCUUCCAGAGCUGUCGAAAUGUAAAGACAGUGAGUGCUAUAAACAAUAAAUUUGUUUGUAAUUGUGAAAUGCGAGCAUUUGUUAGCGCUAUCCAGGCAUUUAAAGGAGAAAUGUUGGGGUGGCCAUCAUCCUAUAAUUGUGAACUUCCUGAAGAAUUUAGAGGAAUCAUUCUUAAUGACUUCCAUCUUUCUGAGGUAUCAUGUAAUGUAUACCUUUUAAUAGGCAUUGUUGUGGGUUCAGUAUUGAUUGUGGUAUUUUCCAUAGUUUUUACGUGUAAAUAUUUUGAUGUACCUUGGUAUUUGAGAAUGAUUUUUCAGUGGCUGAGAGGAAAAUAUAGGGUACGGCAGGUUAAUGUAGCAGAGAUCCAUAAAAGCAAACAUUUCCAUGCCUUUGUCUCAUAUAGCCAAAAAGACAGUGACUGGGUAAGAAACUUUUUGAUGCCCAACCUUGAAAAAGAUGAUAGCUCAAUAAGAAUUUGUCUCCAUGAAAGAGACUUCAUCCCAGGCAAAGCCAUUGUUGAAAAUAUCAUCUGCUGCAUAGAAAAAAGCUUCAAGUCUAUCUUUGUCCUUUCUCCAAAUUUUCUUCAAAGUGAAUGGUGUCAUUAUGAAUUAUACUUUGCACAGCAUUCAUUAUUUGGCAAGAAUUCAGACAACCUAAUACUCAUUUUACUAGAACCAAUACCCCAAUAUCUUAUUCCUGACAAAUACAGUAGAUUAAAAGCACUCAUGAAGGAAAGGACUUACAUGGAAUGGCCAAUGGAGAAAGCCAAACAAGGCCUUUUUUGGGCUAACCUCAGGGGAGCUAUUCAAAUAGACCUUCCUGUUCCAGAGGGGGAGUUAUUUGAAGAGGAGACGGAACUUCACAACCAUAGAGAGUCUGAUGGACAUAACCUGUAAAGAAGAGUUAUAACAAUGAACAAGACUGUUUGGCCA